CAUCUAACACCCUUUCGACUUGAGCCUCGCGUUUAUCGUGCUGAUAGAUCGUUGCCAAUGUGUGGGCCUCUGCACGCGGUAUGAAGGCGUGACCGCGGAAUCUGUCUCGAUGUCGAAAUCAAUGACGGGCUCGAAACAGGCCAGGGUGCACAAGAUAUGCACUCUGUGGACUCAUGACGAGAAUUUCUCCAAGGACGACGUUGUGUUUAAUGGCGACAAGUUUCCCGAUCUUCCAAUUACACAAGGUUGUUUGUUACAGAUAGUAGCAGUCAAUGCUGGUACAGCUGUGCGAGACUUCUCAUCAACACCGAAGGCUCCAACCCAUGACACCGGUCCGACUAAAGCGGAAGCUUUAUCCAAGGAAGCGGUCGAUGCACAUGCGCGAAAGACGCGUAGAGGAUCCUCCUCGAAGCUUAUUGAUGAGAUUGGAUCUGCUGUACCAGCAUGUCACGACUUUGACAAUGAGAAAACAUACAUAUUCACCUCGAAACCGCUUCCACAAGAUCUCAAGGCCAAGCACGCGAAUCUACAGAUAUCCAUUGCCGAGAAGAUUGCUAAGGUCUUUGGAUUUCGAAAUCGCAUGCAAGUUGUUCUUAGUGAGGCCGAUGAAGCUAGACACGAAGCACAUCAUGUUGAGCUUGUGUUCCGUGAUGAAUAUCUCGCGCGGGCGGACAUGUGGCGUAUGGCUAUAUCAGAACUCAGUAAAAGGACCGUCUAUCGCGGCCAGAAGAUCAUCUUCAUGGGUACUAUCAAAGCUACUGUGAAGCAAAUCUACAUUGACGGACAGUCUGUACAUUCCGGAUACUUCUCUCCCACAACAAAACCAGUCUUCCGCAGUGAAUCCGCCCGGUACGUCCUCUUCAUUCAAAUGUCCAGGGAAAUGUGGGACUUUGACGCCGAGGGCGCUGGUGAGAUUAUGUUCAAUAAGGUCGUCAGCGGCUUCCUCCCGGAACUUUUCAAAAGAUGGUUGAAGAUCAAUGCAAAGCACGUGGUUACAAUCAUCUUGUUCACGCGCAUGCAAUACGAUGCAGAAGCUUCGAUCGAUCGCCCCGACGAUGCAACCAGCAGACACAACGCAGAUACCAAUGCUCGCAACUUCAGGGACUACUACCGUGUCGUCGUCAGCGAUAUGGCGAGUGGGGACUGGAUCAAAAUCUUACAUCAACUGAAACUCGAGUUUCGUACAUUUCUUCGGGAAGUCUCACUAUUGGCGAAGCCCGUCGAAGAGGCGACUGAUGUAUCGAGCGACAAGAAUGGACCAGAUGAAUUGGAAACCGGCUCAAUCAUUGCCGGCAAACCGUCAUCUGCAAGCCAAGGAAAUGUUCUUGAGGCCAUCAAUUUAGCUGCAGCACAGUUUGCACAAGACCACAUUGACCGAGAUUUGGUCAGGACUGGUAUCUCUGUGGUCGUAAUUACACCUGGAACAGGCGUGUUUGAGGUUGAUUAUAACAUGUUGAAACUUACCACGGACACUUUGAUCGGGUCUGGCAUAGGGAUCGACCUGGUCUGUUUGUCGCCGAUGCCUCUUCAUUCAGUGCCACUUUUCAAAUACCGGACCCCUUCACUUGUAUCAGACUCCAGGGCCGUUCACAAAGAAGCCACCUAUCCUUCAGAUGGAGUUGCUGGCGAGCUUGAUGAGAAAACCCCAAAACAAAGUCAGCCCAACUUUGGACCCAUGGCGUCCAUGGACUCUAUGUCACCCCCCAACAUCAACGAUUCGACACUUCCAAUAACAGACGCCACGAGUAGCUGGAAAUUUGCAAUGCCAUAUUGGGUGGACAUUUCCUUCUGGUCCAGACAGUCUAAUGACAUGCUGGAGUUGACAAAGGCUAGGAACGCGAAUCGAGUCGUGAAACAUCAUCACAGAAAACGGCGGACCUUUGCGCUAAGAUGUCGUUUGUACGAGCUGCAAAUGAUGGGUGUCAUCGAAAAUGAACUCGGUGAUAUCUCGUUGCCUUACCUGGAAGAAGAGCACAGCUAUCCGUGCAUAGAUGGGGAUGCUAGUAGAGACGGUACCAAAACAAGCACCAUCGCUCUCAACACUGCCACCGACUCUAUUGGAUCGUUUUCGUCCAAAGGCGAUCGGAUAUACCCGGAUUCGAGAACAAAUAUGUACAAGGCGUGGAUGGAGGCAUACGAUACCAGCAUCUUUGCAUCUGCGAGUGAUCGUCUCUCAAUCAGUCAGCCAACAAGCGGCAAAGACAGGACGCAAGGAGACCCGCAAUCGAGCUCGCCUUCUGGUCCCCUCAAAGACGCUUUUCUGUCAACUUCAUUUCUGAAAAAUCGAGCAGCAACGGGAAAGCAAGCACGGUUGUCCCCAGAUGUGGCUACGCAGCCAAUCUCUCUUAGCAGAUAUGGAGACAUAGAGAAUUCCUCCCCUCGCAGCAAUUUUAACCAUUUGCUGGGGGAGAGGCCGGUAGGGGUGCCGCGUGCUGACGUUCUGCGACGGCAAACCGGCUUUGCGCACACCUCAACUGAUAGCUCUCGUCUUAACAUGAAUCGUCAAGAUCGCUUAGGUGAUUCUAUCGCCAAUCCUGCCACCCGUCCUCACUCACCUGCAGCAAGUCGUGGUCACUCUCCACCGAGGAGGUCUGGGAUCCCCACAGUUUCUAUCGCUGCUAGCCCAGUGCCAACACAAGCUCAAACUAAGCCACGACCGUCAAAUUGGUUUUUGAGGCAGAUCAGCUUUGGUGGCAAAGCGACCGCAGCCAAACCGACCUUGGGUGAUGCUACUACAGACAUUACACAAGGUAAGGUGAAACCUGCGAUGCUCACAGUCGAGAAAAGCCAAAAGGGUGCCAUCGCCGAAAGAUUAGCAAGCACGAGGCUUACCUCGACGGAGAAACCUUCUCAGCCAAUUGCAAUCCGAUCAUCCUCUCGGGCUGGCCUUUCAUCUAGUGGCACGCCCUCUCCUGACCAUGGUGGUCGUUCUGUGGAAACUGUGAGAGAUUUGCGAACACGGCGGACUUCAGUUCCGUCACACCCAAGCUCGAUGAAGAAAGAUCCCGGAUCGACGUUUCUCAUCGCUGGUAAAGGGGACACGAAGCCAAAUCUGGAUCUUUCAUCGAGCGGAGGGGCAAAAGAUGUACCGAAGACGUUGUCGCCGACCAGUGCAAUCGCACCGUGGGCUGUUCUGGUCAACCCAUGCAAUCCACGGAAAAACUCUAUGAACAGCAUGAAUCAAUACCGCCGGUGGCAUCAUGUAUUCCCUCGAACUUUGCGGACCGGUACCAUGAAAUGGAGGUCCCUUUGUUCACCCGCCGCUGUACCUCUGACACACGAGUGGUUUCCGACUGCAGAACAGCUCUCAUCAGAGUACAAUGAAAGCCCGUAUAAAAUUACUCAGAGCGACGAUGACGAGAUCUUAGAAGCUCCCCGAGGCAGAGAGACUUUGCUCCGUGAGCUUGUUGCCUUUCGGCUAUCACAUGGAUUUCAAAUGUGCACCGGAACCGCAGUGGCAGACUUUUCUGGAAAACGAGAGAAAUCACUGUCAAGUAUUCUAGCGCCUGAGUAUCUAGCCUCAGAUGGAGACACAGUUUUUAUGACUGUGGGCACCAGUAUCCAUCAGUUGGUAUGCAUAGCUGGAGGGGAAGUGGAGGUCAAGCGGUACCACCGAAAGCCAACCACAGCCUUGGAAUCUUCAGCAGGCAUCGACACGCCUCUUCCGUACAGACCAUACAUUCGGACUGCAUUUGAAACCACGUAUGAUCCAAGAAACAUCAUUUUGCGCCCACCUCGCAGAGAGUACAACUGGAACUUCAUCGACACUUUCUUGGCUGGUUAUCAAGACGAGUUCUCCGACGUGCUACGAUUCUGGAGGGCGCGAUUUGUAUUGAUCCCCGUCGAAAUACCCUCAGUAAAUCGUCGACCGCUGCCUAUGCUAGCUGAAGAUUCUGAGGAAGAGGUCAGGCUGGAGGGCAUCAGAAAGCUUACGCAAUUGUGGCAAAGAUAUCGUUAUUUCCUUCCGGAAGAACGCUCCUCGCAGGUCACAAGUUCUUCGAAACAAAAGGACCCUAAUCCCCUUGCAAUCGAGUAUCAUACCCGCGAUCCUUCGGCCGUGGUGGCGGCCAGCUCUGUCAACCCCCUUUUCAACAGCUCUGAGAAUGAGCUGCCAGGCCCCAUAUUUUCUGACGCAGAGAAAUAUUCCAUAUUCAACAUGGACCUCAAGAAGCUGGCCGAAGACCUCCAGAGCGAGCGAGGGAUACAGAUGCUCGAUCGCCGUUGGCAUUGGAAGCUUCAUUACAACUGUUUCCUCGGCUUUGAUCUCACUAAUUGGCUAUUGAACAAUUUCAAAGAGAUAGACACUCGUGAGGGUGCAGUCGAUCUUGGCAACCUACUCAUGGAUAGGGGCUUAUUUCAGCACGUUCAACGAAGGCACCACUUCCGCGACGGCAACUUCUUCUUCCAGAUUGCACCCGAGUACCGGGCUCCACGGCCCGAAUCGCGUGCUGGUUGGUUCAGCUUGCGCAAGGCCGACAAGUCUGUUCCCUUGACACCGUCAGUCGAAGGAUCAAAGAUAUCGCCACUCACGGCUAGAGGUGUCAUGUCUAGACCAACCACAGCAGAAUCAUCGUCUACGUCGAACGCUUCUGAUUCAGCGAAAGAUGACACGAAGACAAACACACGAGCAGGCACGGGUAGAAGAAGAGUGAUGUUGUCACGCGCAUUGCGGUACGAUGUCGACUCGAGGAAACGCUCGUACCGGCCAGAGAUCAUAUCGCUGCAUUACGAUCUCGUCCAUAAUCCGGACAACUGCUACCACAUACGAAUUGACUGGAUGAACGUUACGGCAAAGCUUAUCGAGGACGCAAUCGUUACUUGGGCGACCAGUGUAGAGAAAUACGGUCUGAAGUUGGUCGAAGUUCCCAUUGCAGAACUUGGCAACAUCACAGACUAUCAUCCUUUUCGUUCACCGUACCACAUUAAACUUGCAAUGCAGCCUCCCCAGAAUCAACCAGAGGCCAUGUGGGACUCGAUGCACUUUUCGCCGCAAUACUCGCGGACUGAUAAGUUUGCAUACCACAAAGCAUUGCUGAGAAAGCUCAACUUUGUGCUUGACAUGGAAGCUGCGAGCGCAUUUCCCCCCGAUGUCGAUGUGUCGUACUCGUGGGGCAAUCCAGACUACAAAUACACACAAUUCAUACACCGAAGCGGAGGGCUGCUCGCUCAGAUUACCGGAGACGGCAACUUCAUGGUGCUCGCAAACAGGCUGGCGCACAACCGCGCCAAAGACAUGAGUCGGAUCCGCCCACUUGACCUUUACGAACACAAAAAAGUCACGACUGAUGGUAGUCAAAGCAGUAGGAUCCCAUCCACGCCUGCCAUGGAGCGUCCAAACCCCCAUCGCAGCCCUUUCUCGAGUCCGUUGGUAAGGCCUGUGCAAGAUACAAGUCUGCUGCAUAGUGCUCUGGAGAAACAUGCUGCAGCGCAGCCAGUACCGGCAACGCAGGCAAUGCAGACGCCUGAGCAAGUCAAGGACGAAUUGGAGGCAUUUUGUGGCGACGCGGCGCUCCUCGGUCAGUUCUAUAGCGAAGCGUUCAGGCAAGCGCCGUCACCAUCCCCACGUAUCCUGCCUGUCCUCGACAACAACAUUCCUAACCUGGGCCUACCACCGGCAAUCAGCAUACGCGAAGCCAGCCCAGCAAGCCGAGACUGGUCACCAGCGUCCAGCAUGAUGGGCAGUCGUGCGGCGGCAGAACGCAUCGGCGGUAUCAGCGAGAUGGCGUUCAGCAGUGCCAGCGGCAUCGCGGGAAGAAGACAGGGCAGUGAGGGGAGUAUGUCGACUCUGGGCAAGAGGGGCAGCAUCACAGAGUCUAGUGCUGCGGGCAGUGUGCCGAAGAGGCAGGACAGCCAGGGCAGUGCUGGGACGGGCAUGUAACGCUGCAACGGACCAUGGCGGUGGAUGGUUGGAGAUAUUUGGUUAGAUAAGGCGGGCUGCAUGCAGCGGCCACACGUGCUGAUAAGCAGCUGAGUGUGUGUGACGCGGGCGGUGAGGAGGACAUGGAUAGCGGGGGGACGUAGCGAUGCAGCAAUGCAGGGGUGCAGCAACAUGCAAGC